AUGGAGAAAAUUAAGUAUCGUGCUGUCUUAAAGUACCUUCAUUUGAAAGGCAUGAUUCCACCAGAAAUCCAUGAAGAUAUGGUGAGAACCUUAACAGAAAAUGCUCCUUCGUACGCAACAGUCAAACGCUGGGUAAAUGAAAACCAGUGUAGCAGGGUGAGUGUGAAAGAUGAUCCCAGACCAGGGAGACCUCCAACUUCAACCAUCGAAUAUAACAUUGACCUUGCUCUUGGUAUGAUAAUGCAAGAUCGUCGAAUAUCAUGUUACCAGAUAGCUGAGAGACUGGGCAUCUCGACUGAAAGAGCAGAGAACAUUGUGACAAAAGAACUUGGGUUCUCAAAGGUUUCUGCAAGGUGGGUCUCUCGCCUUUUGAAUCCAAACAGAAACGCACCAGGUGGACUUUGUCCACGAGAAAUCUGGAACUGUUUGAAGCCGAGGAAGAUAAUUUUCUUGUUCGUUUCAUUAUUAUGGACGAAAGCUGGGUUCAAAGAACAAUCAGAGCAGUGGAAGCACAUAUCAUUUUCUACCCCAAAGAAGGCCAGGGUCAUUCCUUCAGCUGGCAAGGUCAUGAUGCCACCGACCUGGCUAAGCAGAAAAUUCAUUGCUUUAACUUAA